AUGAAGUCUCAUUCAAGACGCCAUCAUCACCCGAGGUCUGCCGACCCUUACCCAUUUGACUACGCUCUCUUGAGCUGUCUAUAUAUACAAGAAGAUGGCAACGACGUGCUUGAUUUUGGUGGCUUCAGCACUCACGAGCCAACUGAAGAAGAGGUCCAGAAUCAUAUUCGCAAAAGUGAUCUCUAUAUCGAGCAUGGAUCAGCGACGAAACCUGGUGGGAAGCGAAGUGAGAGCGUCUUUCUUCGCAUACAAGGCAGUGAAGAUGAUGAAGAGAAUUUCCCCGGCGCCCAACGCGAAGCAGGGGAAGGAAAAUUAUCGUCCUGCUUCCCUAAGCGAAGCGUACCCCGUUUGGUGUCGAUCGAAGAUGCAGCUGAUCACUUUUGGUUUAUGACUCAGACCAGCGAUGGCAUCGCACCAUUUGCCCGAAUGUUCAGCACCGUCAAAGGGUUUCUAAAAUUUAUCAAAUCACGCGAGAUAAAGUUACCUGAAUUCAUCAGGAGUCAGCCAAAAGAAUCCCCAAUGUCUCCCUUCAGUAUCCCCGCAAGGGGCGGAGUCGCCAGCAACGAGCAGUCCUCUAUGCACUUCAGCAGCCCGCUCUCCCCGAGGUCGCCCCUUGGAACGAAUUCGAUCGCGCAGCCGAUUACCAAAUGGAUCGACAUCCAAACCCAGCCCCACAACCCGGAAUCAGUGAUCAAGCUUAAACAGUUGUUAGCGCUUUUCCAAAUCCACAAGGGUGUGGUGGAUAAGUGUCUUUACUUGUCAAAGCAGGAUUCCGUGGAUAUGAGCCAUCUUGCGCCAAGCAAGGGUGGGUAUAUGUUUUUCACCAUAAGCUGCACCCCGCUGCACGCCAAGCUGAGCCCGCCCCCUGAUUUCGCCGCACAAGGUGAGGGCGGCUCGGCCGCGGCGGAGAUGGAGAUGGAGCCGAUCUAUAAGGACGACGCCUCGCCGUAUAAGGGUGACCGUGCGCAAGAGAGCAUUAUGGAGCUUCGGUUUAAGGCGGUCCGAAGGCGACUUCCUCGGUCCUGCGUGCCGGAUCCGAUCACGAUCGGGGUGAUCCUUUUCCAGGACUGGAUCCUCACCAUCCAUAAUCAGCCGUUUGCCGAGAUGGGGGAUUUGCUCCGCGUGAUUCAGAUCCAGUGCGCGCGGGUAUCGGCGGCGGGGGGGGAUAACAGCCCCGCCUCUCCGGUUGCGCGCGCCGCACUGAUGACGACCCCCUCCCCCCGACGCUUCACGACGUCGUUUGUUUUUUCGGCUCUUUUUCAAAUCUGCGUCGGACACAAUGCCGAUAGCAUGGUUUUCGCUCAGGCCGUUGACGAUCUCAGUGAUGCCACCUUUGAUGUGAAGGUGGUGGAGAAGAAACAAGGUGCUCUCUUAAAGUACACCACGUCCACGCGGCUCUGCUUUGGUGAGUGCAGCGCUGACGUGAUACGGCGUGAAAACGUUGUCGCCGAGAUUCUACGGAAUGAUGGGUCGCGAAACUUUCUAUUGCAAGAGCAGAGUGUCCGCGCACAGCUCAUAAAUAUCCAAGGUUACCUACAUUCUUUAAAGAAUGAAAUUUGUGAAUGCCAUGAUACCAUUACGAUGGCUAAUUGGUACACCAACAUCUCCUACUAUUGGAUUCUGCUUCGCAAUGGUAAUCGAUCGUUGCGAAUGCUAUUGCUUCUGGCGGAGAUGGUUAACGUUUUGACUGUCGUGGCGAUUGUUCAGAGCAUCUUUUCCAUGAACGUGCGCAUCCCAUUUGAUGCGUCCGCUGAUCCGCCAAAUAAAGCGAAGGCGCCGUUCUACGUUCUUGGAGGUGUACUGCUCAUCUUUAUGCUUUGGUGUGUGCGAAUCGUAUGGGAUAUUAUCUUCCGUAAGCAAUUCAAGACUGUGGCACUUUUUUAAAAAAAUUUGGUACUCAGGAUGUUGUUUGUUUGGUUUUCACUUCCUCUCUCUUCUUUUUGAUUAUUUUCUUUUUCUUCAUGCUGUUAUGUUUUCUGAAGUUAAUCAUUGAGGAAAAUGCGCGAAGAUUCAAAAAAAUGUGAGGGCUUUGCCUUGUUGAUCUUACACUGAUAUACUUGUUUCAAAUUUUAAUAUUUCUACUUCCUCUUCUUUCUCGGUCUUGAAUCCUUUAGAAGAGCUCGAGAGGAAGUGGCCCUUGGAGCAUAAUACGUUAACUAAAUUACGUAAUAAUUUCUGAAAAUUUUGUGGUUUGUGUUGUAGCGGGUGGCAUCGCUAAAUUGUUUAUCCACGUGAUGAAAUCCUAGUUGUUGGAUCUCGUUAUUUUUCUCCCCUCCUUUUUCUUUGAUCGUAGUUAUCUAUUUUUUCUUUUUUAAUUCAAUGUUCUAAUCUGAUAAUGAAGAAGUGAGUGUUUUUUAGAUAUUUCUAUUUGACCCAAUAAUAAUGCGAUAAUAUUUUCAACAAUUUUAUAAAUUUUCAUGCAUUAAGUCAAGCUUAAAUUGACCUCUUAUCUCAAGGAGAGAGAUCUUAAAAA